AUGACAUCUCUAUCUUUCGCGGGAUUCGCCAUAGUGGCCAAGGAAUUCCCCAAUUCGCAAUUCCUAGUUCGCGAGCGCGCGAAAUCGAAUCCGACAUUGCACCGUCGCCCCGAGUCGUUGGCGACAUUAUCCAAAUUGCAACCCACUUCAAUUCUACAAAAAUUCGGAAGUUCGGCUCCACUCCAUGUUGUUGGAGGGACUCACGCCUCGCGCUUUCGAAUGUCUGCACUUGCAGGAUACAUCCUCUGGCUAGACCGCGACUCCCCGUCUCUGCGGCCUUUCAACUUCCAAGACCUCUCCAUAUAUGCGCGCAAAACCGAAUGGAAAGAGGGACCCACUCCUACUUACACAUUUGUUAGCAUGUCAAUAUACUCAGUAUCCCGGAGCCGAGCGAUACCUAUUCAGGUUCCUCCAGUUCCGUCGACCCUGCAGGACCUGUCAGGUAUAAAGUUCGUAAUAACUCAAUUUGGACGUCUUAGGCUGUCGCUUGGCAUACACCGAAUCCUCAGAGGGAUAAAGGAAUGCGUCUGUACGUAG